UGGCAGCCAGCUGAUCGACGCACGUUUAACAACACUGACCCCGAAGCAAUUGCAGAAAAAUCGGAAAACAAUGCAAAACAGGGAACUGCGGUGAAGCGCCUGCUGGAAAUGAGCUGCAGAUUUGGAAACCAGUAAAAGCGCCAUGUUCAGGAAACUGCUCAGGAUGUGGGUACUGCUGCGACCUACCCACUGGCUAAUCUUGAUUGCCCUGUGCGUGCUUACCUGCGCUGGAUACUGGUUGCUCUGGUCGGAGAUUCGCUUUGAACACGCCUUUAAGCCACUGUCCAAGCUGACCACCAGUGGCAGCCCACAGGCGGAUGCACAUGCCCCGCCCGCGGACGACUUCGACUACGAUGCCGAUCUGGUGGUGCUGUAUAACCGCGUGCCAAAGACGGGAUCCACCAGCUUCGUGAACAUUGCCUACGACCUGUGCAAGCUAAACAAAUUCCAUGUGCUGCACAUCAAUGUGACUGCCAACAUGCACGUCCUGUCGCUACCAAACCAGAUACAGUUCGUGCGCAACGUGUCCCGGUGGCACGAGAUGAGACCAGCCCUCUUCCACGGCCACAUGGCCUUCUUGGACUUUUCCAAGUUCCAAAUCGCCCACAAGCCCAUCUACAUAAACUUAGUGCGUAAGCCUCUGGACAGACUUGUCUCCUACUAUUACUUCCUUCGCUUCGGCGACAACUACAGACCGAAUUUAGUGCGCAAGAAGGCGGGCAAUAAAAUAACCUUUGACGAAUGCGUGGUGCAGAAACAACCCGACUGUGAUCCCAAGAACAUGUGGCUGCAAAUACCCUUCUUCUGCGGCCACGCUGCAGAGUGCUGGGAGCCCGGCAGCACCUGGGCCUUGGAGCAGGCCAAGCGCAAUCUGGUCAACGAGUACUUUCUAGUCGGCGUCACCGAGCAAAUGUAUGAGUUUGUGGAUCUGCUGGAGAGGUCACUUCCAAGAAUUUUCCAUGGCUUUCGCGAGCACUAUCAAAACUCAAACAAAUCUCAUCUACGUGUGACGUCGUCCAAGCUGCCGCCCAGCGAGCUAACAAUUCAAGCAAUUCAAAAGACAAAAAUCUGGCAAAUGGAAAACGAUCUCUACGAAUUUGCACUGGCCCAGUUCGAGUUCAACAAGAAAAAGCUAAUGCAGCCGGACAACAAGCAUCUGCAGAAAUUUAUGUAUGAAAAAAUACGGCCAAAAUGAUUGCAGAGGCGACGCCGGCGGAGUCGAGGACCUAGACUCAGGUCCUCGACUCGUGAACAGGCUCUUAUGUUUGUAUUGUAAAUACGCGCAUCCCCCCCAUGAGAUUUGAUCCUGUACUUAAAGAGCAACCUAACACUUAAGCGACACUAAAGACUUUAGCAGUGAAUAUCGUUGGCAUAUUUCAUAAUCAUAAUAAGACCUUCUCUAGUUGAAUGUAAGUAAGCAAUAUCUAGCAACAAUUGUCUGCACAAUAUCUCUUGGUUUAGUCAAAUGUACGUUUUAUACUCGACAAUACAGAUAAUGAAUAUGGAGUAAGUAGUUCGAUGUAGCCAUAAGUUUAUUCACACUCACUGAUAGUUGACCCUAGAGACCUAAGACCACACUCAAUAAUUGUAACUGUCAUAAUAGGGUAGGCUUAAGCGAUCAAAUGAAUUUGACAUUCAAAUUAAAUGCAUGUAAAUAGUGGAUAAUUGAUUGUCUAUUCCAUAUCAACAGCUGUCGCUGGGAUUGCGUGUUCGCAAAUUGAUUAAUGCCAUUCAUAGCCGGGUUACUGUUUAGUUUCAGCACGCUGUACUUUGACUAAGCUAAUUGCAAUAAUCGGGACGGACUUUAAAGGCUGACGUAGCUCCUCCAUGGGCGAAGGUGACUGACUGACUGGGUAACCGUCAGACGAAGC